AUGACCAACAAGCUCCCUGGGGAGAAAGUUGCCAAGGCUCUUGCAGAUCACUUUGAAGACAAGACCACACCUGUAGUGGAACGUUUAAAGAUCUUCUACUGUUGUCAAGUGCCUCCACACUAUGCUGUCCAGCGUCAGCUUGCGACUCUUCUGUUUGACCUGGGUUGUACUAGCUCAGCUCAACAGAUCUUCGAGCAGUUAGAGAUGUGGGAAGAUGUUGUUAUUUGCUACGAAAGAAUUGGGCAACAUGGAAAGGCAGAAGAGGUUCUUCGCAGGGAGCUCGAGAAGAAGGAGACACCCACUUUGUACUGCCUCUUGGGAGAUGUGCUGAAUGACCACCAGUACUACGACAAGGCCUGGGAGCUAUCCAAUUAUCGCAGUGCCCGUGCUCAGCGCUCCAAAGGGCUGCUGCACCUCCGUAACCAUGAGCUCAGACAAUGUGUGGAAUGCUUUGAGCGAUCAGUGCAGAUCAACUGCUUACAGCUUGGAGUUUGGUUUUCUUUGGGCUGUGCGUAUCUGGGGUUGGAAAAGUUCGAAGGUGCUGCAAAAGCAUUUCAAAAAUGUGUGAUGUUGGAACCUGAUAAUGCAGAAGCUUGGAACAAUCUGUCAACAGCGUAUAUCCGAUUAAAAGAAAAAAGCAAAGCUCUGCGAGCUCUCCAGGAAGCCAUUAAAUGUAAUUAUGAGCACUGGCAGAUCUGGGAGAACUACUUAUUUACCUGCAUAGAUGUUGGCGAAUUUGGAGAUGGCAUUAAGGCAUACCAUCGACUCAUGGAUUUGAAAGACAAGUACAAAGAUAUUCAGGCUUGA